AUGUUUAAAAAAAUUGAUUUUCUUAAGUAAACCUACAGAUUAAUCAAAACAAAUAUAAAGUUGUCAAUUCAAAUGGAUUGAUUUGUAUCAUCUUAUUGGGAGUCUUGAUCACUUCAUUUAAAAAUUUAAGUUAAAUACUUCAGAAUAUCAUCUGGGAUACAAUCUAAGCUAAAAUAAUACAGCAUCAAGGCUAUUAGUUCUUCAUAAACUCAAAAGUAUUUCUGGAGCUUAUAAAUUAUUGUCCUGAAGUAUCAUCAGCACUUGAAGAAAAAAUAAAAAGAAGUUUUCAAAUCAUAAACACAUUCUCUUUAAAAAAUACCAUUAAUCAAAUAUUUCAAAUACUAGAGAGUUGUAUGAAUAUUGAAAUUAUAAAUUAGAUAUUGGAAAUGUAAUUUAGAUUAGACAUUGACUGUGAAUUAAAGAAAACUUGA